GCAUCAGCAGUGCGCAUUUAAUAAGAGUGUUACAGAGCUGUCAAAUCAUGUUUCUCUGGAUUAAAUGCAUUUAUCGCUGAACCACUUGGAUUGAAGUACAUGAAAUAAACCAUUCGCGCCACCAUCCAUCAGUGUCACCCCUCCCCCAUCCUAAGACUAAAAAAAUCUGCUUACCUUAACUUUAACGCCAUGGGUGAAUGACAUGAUGGUCAGAGAUGUCUUACCAGAGGCGCAAAAACCAUAAUGCAAUGCAUAGGGGCACCAUGAAAAGGGAGGUGCCAGCGGCUCACUAAAGGUGGCGCAAUCGGCCUCCUCAACCCCUCCAACAUCCACCCCCCCACCCCCCGGUCAACGCUUAUAAUGGAUGAUGCCAAGAUGACCCAAGAUGCAGGAAGGCAAUGAAAAGGUCCAGGGAAGAACCGGCGAACGGACCAGAAUGGUGCCAGCAGGAUGGGCCAGGGUCACGCCGGCGGGAUGGACCAAGGUGGUGCCAACGGGACUGACCAGGGUUUUCAUGGCCACAGAGGAGAACAAGUGUCCUGGGUUCAUUCGUCAGAACUCUGAGCCUGAGAGGUCAUGGGAGCUGGAGUCAGUUCUGACCAAUCGUAAGCUGCGCUUUGUGGCGAAGUUAGAGCAACAGUUUGUUUGUCCGUCAUGCAGUGGGAUUGUCCUAAACCCACACCAGACUGGCUGCGGGCACAUCUUCUGUGCCCACUGCAUCAGAGCAUACAUUGACAAGGGGGGAAUUUCAAAAUGUCCAUUAGACAGCAUUUCUAUAAAACCAGAGGAGAUAUUUCAAGACAACUGCUGUAAAAGGGAACUGUUAAACUUAGAGGUCUACUGCACCAACGCCCCAGACUGCACGCAGAAGGUUACUUUAUGCAAUCUGCAGGAUCAUCUCAAAGCUUGUCAGUAUGAACAACUUAUAUGUUCUAACUCAGGGUGUAUUGAGAUCUUAUUACGCAAAAACCUUUCGGAACAUCAGAGGAAUGUCUGUUCUUUCAGACUGGAAUCUUGCCAACACUGCAGGCAGUCCUAUACCGUAUCUCAACUACUGGACCAUCAGAAGACCUCAUGCCCAGAAGUUGAAGUCCCAUGUUCAAACAAGUGUCAGCAGAUGAUCAAAAGGCACAAGCUGCAGGUGCAUGCUGACGAGUGUUCUGAAGUGGAGACAGACUGCAUUUAUAAAAACUAUGGCUGCACUGUCAGAGACAAACGAUGGAAGGUUCUAGUUCAUGAAAACACAGAGUUCAGUUCCCACGUAAGGCUUGUUCUGGAAAGUAACUCCAAACUUGAGAAACAGGUGGAGCAGUUGCAGCAGGACAUGCUGAUCCAGCAGGGGGCGCUGAAGGACAAGAGUCUUUUGGUCAACAGUUUGGACAGAGACGUCACCUUGUGUGACAGCACACUUACCACCUUACAGAGGUCUGUGGAGGAGCAGAGAGUGCACAUCAGCAGUGUGCAGCGUGAACUGCGUGAUCUCCGGGAUGUUUUAGGGUCUGAGCUGAAUGAAGAGCUCCCGAGUCUCCGAGCAUCACUGGACUCACUCAGACAACAGGUGGCCGUCGCUGAAAGCCUCAGGGAACACCUGGGUGUGCUAGAACAAACGUGUCAGCGGCAUACGCGUUUGUUGGACAUCCACGUGGAACAGCUGCAAUGUAACGAGCAGCGUUUUCGGCAACUCGAAUCCACCUCCUACAACGGCAAGCUCAUUUGGAAAGUGCGCGACUACUGGCGGCGUAAAGAAGCCGCCGCUCCACUCAACUCUACCCCCUUCUACACCAGCCACAGCGGCUACAAGCUCAGUGUGCGGGCGUACCUCGGUGGCGACAGCUCUGGGAGAGGCACCCACCUGUCGCUCUAUGUCACAAUAAUGCGUGGAGACUUCGACUCCCUCUUACCAUGGCCAUUCCGUCAGAACAUCACGCUAACAUUGCUGGAUCAGAGCGGAUCGCGGAACCACGUGACCAGUGCUUUCUCCCCUGACGCCGGCAGUGAUAGCUUUCGCCGCCCAACGUCUGAUACUAAUGUGGCCACUGGUUUCCCGCGAUUCAUCUCUCACAGUGACUUGGAGACACCUCGGAAUGCUGUUUAUGUGAGAGACGACACACUGUUCAUCAAAGUGAAGGUGGACACAACAGGAUUGGAUGACUUGUAGUUUUACGCGCACUGAAUUUUCACAUUAGGAAAAAUCCAAAAAUCUGAAUGGCUUGAAAUGAUAGCCUGAGUCAUGAUUCCGCAUUUGAUUUGUAAACUUGGUGUGACUCCAUUUAGUGUCAUAUCAAUACUGGCUGAAGAUUUUUCAAACAUUAUAGAAGUCAUUCAUAUUGUGCAGUAUCUUUUUAGCACUGUAACUUAAAUUCUUAUGUUUUAAUUUAAGGAUUUCUUUAUAUAUAUAUAUAUAUAUAUAUAUAUAUAUAUAUAUAUAUAUAUAUAUAUAUAUAUAUAUAUAUAUAUAUAUAAAGGCAAACUUUCAGAAAUAUGCCCUGGUCAAGCUCAGGCAUUUCAGUUUUAUUAAUUAUAAAUUGAUUAUUUACACAAUUGCAAGAUAAUUACCAAGAUGCCUAACUGGAUGGAAAUAGAUUAACAGGAUGUAAAAUAACCAGAUGAAAAUAAUUAGCUAAAGUUAGCCAUUGCUCAGUAAUGGGUAAAGAGUUAGCUUAGUAAGAGUUAGAAUAGUAAAAGUAAAACAUCUGGACGUGUUACGGUAAUGAGAGUUUAGGGGUAAAAUGUGAUAAAAAUGUCCUGAAAAUGUUGUCACAAUGCUAAAAAUCUUAAUGUUCCUAAAUGUAGGCUUUAUUUUAUUUAUGCAAAAAAUAAUUACAUUUUUCUAUAUAUUGAUUUGGGAAAAAAUAUGACUAGGACAUUUUCUUGACAGGUUUCAUGAGAAUCACCCAAGUAACUAAUAUAACUUCCAUUUUUAAUAUUUUAUUGAAUACAUUAAGACUUCUGUAAUAUGGGGAUAUUAAAUUGUAUUGCAUAAUAGGAAUGAUCCAAAGAGUGCUGAAUAUAAUUGUUGUAGUAACAAUGGCUGUUUAGAUGCACAGAUUUUCGUCAAGCCAAAUCAAUUCAAUUUUGUGAAUGUAUUUCUGAAUGAAAUUUGUACCCUAAAUUCUGCAAUGCAAUGAGAAAAUCCAUUUUAAAAUGUACCACAUAUAUUCUGAAAAGCAUUUCUGUACAUUGAAAGACUCGAAACGUACUCUGCGCAAGUACAUGAAUGCGAAUGCUGCUAGCCAUCCAAGCUCGAUUUUGUGCAUCAUUUCAUUUCUGAAACGUGUCUACGUGUAACGCAAUGCAAGUACGCACUGCAAUCUCUGCAUUGCCACAAGAGGCACUAUAGUGGAGAUUUGCAUGUCUUAUAUGGUCAUUUCUUUCAGUCGUGUUAAUUGUGAUAAUCUUUAUCUCAAGUUAGUUCAAUUUACAAGGUAUCUUUGAAUCAGUUUGUGAAGGCAGCUGGAUUGAAAGAUUUAAAUUAAAAUUACUCUUAUAUUUAACUGUUUACUUAAGAUCUGCACCACUUUUUGCAAUCAAAAUAUACAUUUCAUUUGAAUACAUUUUUAGACAUUUCUAUUUUUUAUUGAGGUAUUACGUGAAGGUAUUUUAUUCUGAGCUGUCAGUUGGAUCAUUGAUGGAUUAUUUGCUUGCAAGAUGCUUACCUUGGGUGGUCUUGUGAAAAUGUUUUGCAAGUAAAGACAACAACUGAAGCUAAGACAUGCUAAAUGAGGAACGCUUAUAACAACGCUGAUUACAUUUAAGCCCUGUAAUGAGUUGUUUUUUUAGCAACAGUUUAUGUAUGAAAUGUCAUUCAGAAGACCAUUUAGGUCAUAAGUACUGUACUGUAUGUCUGGUAGAGUUUAGUCAAACUGGACUUUGUUGACGACAUCUUGCCACUCAUCCUAGGGUCCUCAUCAGUUGUCUGAUGAUGGGGAUUGCUUAUUGUUUCAAGUUGUUAUACAGUUAGCUUGAUGGUUGGGUUAAAAAUACAGGAGAAUCUAACAAAUGGAAAGUCUUAGCUUUUUUUUUUUUUUUUUU